AUGCCAGCCACUCCAGAGCAAAUGCUGGAGAAAACUGCAGCACAUGUGCCAGAGCAUGUCAUGGCCCUCCAGGCCACUCUGGAGCAAAUUCUGGAGCAAAUGCCAGAAAAAACUGUGGCCCAUGUGGGCACUCUGGAGCAUGCCAUGGCCCUCUGGGCAUGCCAGCCACUCUGGAGCAAAUUCCAGAGUAAACUGUGGCACAUGUGCUGGAGCAUGCCAUGGCCCUCUGGGAUAAGCUGCAGCAUGCCAGCCACUCUGGCAAAAAUUCCAGAGCACACUGUGGCACAUGUGCCAGAGCAUACCAUAGCAUUCCAGAGCACUCCAGAGCAGGCCAUGGCCCUCUGGGUGAACUGCAGCAUGCCAGCCACUCCAGAGCAAAUGCUGGAGCAAACUGUGGCACAUGUUCCAGAGCAUGCCAUGGCCCUCCAGGAUAAGCUGUGGCAUGCCAGCCACUCCAGAGAAAAUUCCACAGCACACUGCAGCACAUGUGCUGGAGAAUACCAUCACAUUCUGGAGCACUCCAGAGCAGGCCAUGGCCCUCCAGGGUAA